AUGACGCGGGGUUUGAUCACUCUUACCGAUCCUAGCUAUGACCCUCAUCCCUGGCGUAAUGUCGUGCUCUUCUGGGGAGUCAUCUUGUUCGGCGUCUCGCCCUCACACGUGUCCCGAACAUUCAUCAACGGGGAAAACUGGCCUAACGAUGGACUCUCCUUUUUCGUCGGGCUACUGGGUAACGUGUACGCUUUCUUUGGAGCAGACGGAGCGAUCCGCAUGUCCGAAGAGAUACAAAAUGCCGCGGCCGUUGUACCGAAGGCGAUUGUGUUCAGCAUCGUCUUGAACGGCUUGCUAGGGUUCGGCAUCGCGCUCGCACUACUCUUUUGCAUUGGUGACAUCGACGCUGCUCUUCAUACAAACACUGGUUACCCCUUUAUUGAGAUCUUCAACCAGGCCGUUCAAAAUACCACUGGAGCGGCGCUCAUGACGUCCAUAGUUACUACGCUCUCUCUGUGCGCCACGGUCGGCAUCGUCGCAUCUGCGUCUCGGCAACUCUGGGCUUUUCCCCGCGACAGAGCCGUUCCGGGCCGGGAGCACCUCCAGCGUGUCAAUUCCAACCCCGCAAUCCCCGCGCUCGCCGUCUUCUCGACCACGGCACCGGCCUGUGUUCUCGCCCUCAUCGUGCUCGGCUCUUCCACGGCUUCCAACGACAUCGUCUCGCUCUCCGUCGUCGGCCUUUUCGGCUCCUACUCCCUCGUCGCCGUGCUUCUUCUCUGGCGCCGUCUACGCGGCGACAUCGAGCUCUACCCCAGCUCAGGAGACGGACUCACCAACCUCCCUGGCAAGGAACCCACGUGGGGCCCUUGGCGUGUUCCUGGUGUUCUUGGUAUAAUGACGAACAGCUUUGCUAUCGUCUACCUCAUCAUCGUCUUUUUCUUUAGCCUGUGGCCGCCCGUGAACCGUCCGACGGCUGCGACGAUGAAUUACGGCAGCCUCAUGUUCGGGGGUACGAUGGUUUUUAGCGUGCUGUACGACCUCUUCCGCGCAAGGAAUGUUCAUACAGGACCCGUCAUUCAAGUAGAUCGUUGA